CGCUAUAUAAUGCCUUGAAAAUAUGAAGAUCUCAUUGUACUAAUUGAAUAUGUAGAAUCCUUAUAUGAUUAAUAUUUUUAUUAAACUAUCCACUUGUAAACUAUUUUCUGAUUAGUUUACAACCUCAUGAAAUUCGUCGCGGUUAUUAUAACAUUCGCCUCUAGGUUAGGCUAUCGGCUACGUCUUCACCUGUCUUCGGACGUUUACAGAAGAAUUCUUCAAACAUCAUCAGUGGAUUUACUCCCAAAGCAGUUCUGUCUGUCCAUUUGGUUGAGUACAGAAUUUUUAGCCGACGCACCUUUGUGUUGCCCAUAGUUCAGGUUUAAGACAUCCCAUCAACUUAAAACCGUACUGUUAUUAUUUUGUCGCAGAGUUUUAUAAUCUGGUUCCCAAUAUGGUUCAAAAAUGCAGUGGUUUAAACCGGUUGGUGCAUACAUUGUCUAAGUUACGAUUGAAUGAUGUGAAAUUAUUUUUAAUUGGAUUAGGGUUCGUAUUUUUAUUAAAUUGGAUUGUUACUUUAUCGUGGAUACCGAAAUUUAAAUGUUUGUCAGAUGGUAGCGUGCUUCAGAGCACAAAACAAUAUUCCAUAUUUUCCUUAACUGAUGUUAGUUAUGCUCAAAAUCUUGCUAAUAAGAUUAAUAUAUAUUGUUAUAUCCUAACGGAACCACAGUCACAUCUAACCAAAGCUUAUCAUGUUCAAACAACUUGGGCCCGAAGGUGUACCCGUUUUGGUUUUAUUAGUUCAAAAGCGGAAAAAUUAAUGAAAAUGCUUGCUGUUGAUAGGACUCAAAAUUAUGUUAAACAUUCUUGGAUUUCAAUGCGUGAAACACUUCGUGCAUUACAUAAACAAACUUACAAAGCAGCAUAUUUUCUUAAAGCUGAUGAUACGACUUAUGUGAUCAUGGAAAACUUAAGGAAUGCUUUAGAAUACACAGAUCCUCGUAAACCAUUUAUUAUGGGUCACAUCUAUAAGAUCCGUCCAAAUGAAUUCACUUUAUCUGGUAGUUUUGGCUACGUCCUAUCAAGAUCUGCUCUCGAAUUAAUUGUUUUGAAAGGUUUAGACAAAUUGGCUGACUGUGGACCAAUUCAGCAUGUUCGUGAAGAUAUUCAAAUAUCUAAAUGUGCAAAAGCAUUAGGCAUAGAAUUCAAAGAUAGUAUUGAUAUGUUUGGAAUGUCACGAUUCAGUAAUGUUACUAUAAACAAUCUUUUUGGAACAUUCAAUAACAGUAAUAAUAAUAGCGGAACGAUUCAGUGGGAUCCAAUAAAAACAGAUUAUACACAAGCAGUGUAUGAUUUAAAAAAAUUACCUGCAAGUCCACUGCUAAUCAGUUUCGGUGGUUUAAUGCCAGUGAAAAUGUACAUUUUAGAAUAUUUAAUCUAUCAUCUUCGACCAGUUGGAAUAACGCAUCGAAUUUUACAACAUCUACCUUAUUCAUCAUCAUCUGCAAUGAAUCGUUAUCAUCAACAAGACCAUAGUACAUAAUAAUCUAUAUUAUUAUUGUCGCAGUGAUUUUUAUUAUUUGCAUAAUAUGUAUAUGAUACUUUCUUGUCUAAGUCAUUUUAACUAUUUGUUUGUUUAAUCUUUUAUAUUUUUUUUUCAUUGUGAUCAACAUAUAAACAUUUACAUAUCACAAUUUUUUAGCAGAUUCUAUCUAGUUAUUUGUAUUCCAUAUUAUAUAUUUAUAAACAGAUAUAUAUAUAUGUGUGUAAACUUAUUUCCGAUCAUAAGUUCAAUUGCCUUAGAUUCUGUUAUAUUUUUUAUCAAUUAAAACACUGAUCAACAAAACAAUGUAGAAUGUGUAAUGAAUGAUGCUUAGAAUAUCAGUUUAAUUGAGAUUUUACAACUUAUUAUUAUUAUUACUAUUAUUAAUAACUUUUUCGUAAAUCUUAUGGUUAUUUCACCUUCCUUUUAUUCAUUUAUGCUCAUUUGGUUUUUUUUUUUUUUACUUGAUCAUUUAUUUAUUAUUUAUUAAUAAUAAAGAUGUUUUACCAAC